UUUACCUGUGAUACCAACAUUUUCAUAUUUUUACAAAUUUUGUCCAGUUUUAGCAUCAUUUUACUACAUUUUCCUCUAACCAACAUAAAAUGAGCAUUAUAUCGACAUCCUCAAUUACUGAACUGCCAGGAAUUCAAACUGCCAUCUCUCAUCUGCAAGAUUUGAGGGAGCGCAUGAAAAAAGAAGAGUUUGGAUUUAAGGAUCAUGACACUGAUAAUAUUGAUGUUAUCAUUGAAAGUAUCCAGGAUCUGGAAAAUGAAAGACUCCAUUCGCAUGAUCUCCUUGAGACGGAAACAAUCAAGGCCAGCAUCCUACGACAUAAGUUGCUGUACUUCCCUGAUGAGGUCAAGAGAGAAAUCACUGCUGCUGUAAACUCUUCCCGUGAUUCCAAUGCUGCCGAACUAAAACGACUUCAAGAUGAACUCAAUGCCAUCAAUGAAAAGAUUGACUUCUGUGAAACGAGGGUCGAUGAUCUGGACUCGGAAAAUUCUAAACUUCACCCAGAGCGAGAUAAUGUACGGCGGAAACAUGAGGAGGUUAUUGCCCAAUUGAAUCAUCGAAUGGCUGAAAAAGCCAGCAAGCAAAUCAUGUUGAAUGAAACUAGAGACAGAUUAAGAGAAACUAAUCAGAGGAUUGUGGAUCUUGAAGAAGGAAUCAUACAUUUGAAGGAAGACCUGAUACAAGAAAGACAAGAUCACAGGACAGAAAAGAAAAGACUCAAGAAAGCAAUCGCAGACACAUCCAAGAAGACAAAAGAUCAGAAAGAUAUAAAUAUUGAGAAGAAAAGGGAAAUGGAUGGCCUUCUAGAAGAGCUAAGGAAAAGUGAAGAAACACUUGAUACGGUUAAAAAGAGUAUCAGAAAGUUUGAGGCAUCAAAAGCUAAACUGGAGGGACAGGAGAGAGCACUUACUGCCCAGCACACCAAAGAGGUGAAACUAAAUCAAGAGCUCAGGAAGAAGGGUAUGGAACUUCAAAGAGAAAUGGAACAGCAACAGAGGGAAUAUGAAGAGAGAAGACGGGAACUGCAGAAGAAAAUCUUCGGAUUGAAGGAGGACAUCAAAACUCAAAAACAAAAGGGUGAACACCUGGCCGACCUCAAGGGGGACUUGGAGGAAGAGGUUAAGGAAGCUAUGGUCAUAAGACAGAAAGAUCAUCUGGUUGUCAUGGAACAUAAUGAAGAGUUACAAAAUGCCAAGACUGAAUUGGCAAUGAAGGCUGAAGACUGCGGCCGAUUACAACAAGAAAACAUAGACAUGGAGAUCGCCAUUGAGCAGCUUGCAGAAACACACAAAGCUGUUGUCAACAGUUUAAACAAGGUAGUGGAGGACAGUAGGGAACUUUUAACGAAGGAAAGGAAAGAAAGAAUGGAGCUUCAGACCCAGAGAGAGGAGGUCUCAAAAGAUGUGGAUGACUUCAGAAUUGAGAAUCAGAAAUACAUGAAGGGAAUGAAUAAGAAAGUGACCGAAGGAAAGUCGAGGCAUGAAGCACUGACACGAGAGGGCACACAGUUGCAGCGGGCCAUCAAAGAAGAUGACAGUAAUACAGCAAGACUUGGAACGGAACUGAAAGAGUUAACAGCAAACUAUGAAAACAUGAAGAGAAGGAAAGAGAAUGAAGUCAGCAAAUUAGAGGGAGAUAUCAACAAAAUGGAGAACACGCUCAAAGAAAAAAAAGAUUUCUUGGACGUCAGACAACCACAAUUUGUUGAACUGGAAAACAAAUUUGCAGAAAGUACUUCAGAUUUUGAUUUCACCAAGAAAAAUGUAGUCGCUCUGAAGAAUAAAAAGAGUGGUCUGGAAGACACAACCAAGAGAAUGAAACAUGACAUAGAAAAACAAGCUGUACCCAAAGCAAUGUUACAAGCUGAUCUCAAGAAGGCCAGGCAGGCAUCCAUGGAAGGCCUCCGAAACCAAGCUCAGGAGAGAUCAACAACUGAAAGGGAAUUGUACACUGUUGGAUGUAAACUAAAGACUGUUUUGGAGGAAAAUGAUCGAUUUAACACUGCUAUAAAAAAGCUUGAACAGAACAUUGAAACGAUUAUGAAUGAUAUCGAGAUGAAUAUCGCUCUGAAAACAAAAUUACAUGACGACAUCUCAAUGCACAAAGGUAUAUUGAAUAAUGAGUGGAAAAAAGACACCGAUUUGCAAAAGGGAACCAACGCAAGGGAUCAGAUUCUAGUGGAUGGAAUGACCAGUCUCUUAGCUAAAACACACAAACGAGAAGAUAAAGUAAACGACAUUACAACCCAACUCUUUGCCGAAGUGGACCUUUUGGCAUUAUUCUUGGCCAAUGUCAACAGCAAGAGACCAAAAGCAAUGAGAGACGAAUUCACAGAAUAUGAUGAAUUUGAGACACAAAUUCAUGAAAGUCCAAGCAAAGAGAUCGAUGCAGUUGCUACAGCAAACACAUUCGUAGAGACAAAGGAACAAACUGAGGAACAAACUGAGACAUAAAAAGUGUUGUGUUGUGAAGAGACAGUACUGUGCUAGUUCAGAUUGUGACUUUUGAAAAGACUGCUACAAAACAGACGUUAAUGGUACAUUAUGAGAGCAUACAAUGAAUGCAACGUACAUCUCAGAGAAUUUUAUUGGAAUUUUAGUGUUGGUAAUUUUGAUCACCACUGUUGAGUUUGUUCAAAUUGCUCAAAUUUUGUCAAUGAAGCUAGGAGAACCCCUCCGCUUCCCUCCCAAACAGUUGAUAACCUGUCAGUGAUAACUCGUGUCCUUCCAUUUUAUUAGGUGGGAGGGCCAGAUAAGCAAACAUUAAGCCACGAUAGUUUCAGGAUGCUUUAUUUUCCGUCCCCUGUAACAGCUAGGUUGUGCUGAGUUAUAAAUUUUGGAAAUGCUGAAAUAUUUGUGUAAUUGUAGUGUUGUUGAUGUAAAAGUUUAUUUACAUUUUGAAAUAAAAGUGGGUAAAUCA